UAAAAAUACAAAAAAUACAUAUUUUAUUUUAAAUUAUUACUGAUUUCCUGUUUUGAAAGGUUUAUUUGUAUAGGAUAAUUAUGGUUUUGGUGACACAAACCUUUUGCUAACAAAAGUUUGUUUUGGUAUUUCGGUCCUUUGGUUUAGUUCGUUCGUUUCGUUCGUCGUAUCCACUCAAAAGAAAGUAUAGUUCGUUGAAUAGUUUAGUUUAGUGUAUAGAUUUAGUGUUUAAUUAGUGAUUAGUGAUUUAAGUUUGAGACAGUGACUUUAUAAAUAUUUUAUGUAAAAUAUGGGUAAAACUAAAACGCCGUAUUCCAAACUGAAAUCAAAAAAGAAGCGAGCGAUUCAAGCCAGUAGAGCCUCGCGAAGAAUUAUUCAAUCACAUAGUGAGUCAAUAGAAAUCCCUGUAGCUGAGAAUGUUGCUACUGAUUUUGGAAUAGAUCAGUUUAUUCCAAAUCAACCCUCCCCACAAAUACCAAUAAACACUUCUCCCAUUUUAGAAUUAUUACAUGAUAAUGUACAGGUCAACAAUACAAUGCCGACUGGUCGCCGUAUUGUGGAUGUGGGUUACAUAGUAAAGCAACUAAUUGACCAUAAACACGUUACGUUAUAUAACUGUACUGUAGCAAAUUUACAGUUUGUUAAAGAAAAUAGAGACGGCUUUGCAAGCGUUUUCUUAUAUGAAUGUAAUAUGUGUAAAUCUCAAUUAGAAAUCUACUCUGAAAAUCCUUUUAGUCAACCUAAUGUUAAUAUGGCGGCUGUUUCUGGAACUAUUAUGUCUGGAAAUGGUUUCCAACAACUGAGUGAAAUAGCAGCUUCACUCAACAUACCACCUAUAUCUAAGCGGUUAUAUUAUAAACAUCAAGAAGAUUUACACACAGUUAUUGGAGAAUGUACUUGGAGUGAAAUAGAAAAAGCAGGUAAAGAAGAAGUACAAUUAGCAAAGGAAAAUGGCGACAUUGAUAAAUUUGGUGUUCCAUUAUUAACGGUGAUUGUUGAUGGUGCUUGGUCCAAACGCUCCUAUAAGACUAAUUAUAAUGCUUUAUCUGGUGUAGCCUGUAUAAUAGGGAUGCGAACAAAAAAAAUUGUCUUUUUGGGAAUAAGAAAUAAAUUUUGUAUAAUAUGCGAAAGAGCAACCGCUCUAAAUAUUGAAGCUAAAUCCCACGCAUGUUACAAAAAUUUUAAUGGGCCUUCUACAGGGAUGGAAGCGUCUAUAAUUGCAGAGGGCUUCAAAAAGAGCAUGGAAAUGCAUGGUGCUAAAUAUAAUAAAUUGGUAGGAGAUGGGGACAGCAGUGUGUACCGAAAAUUACUAGAUGUAAGACCCUACGGGGACCAAUUGGUACAAAAGAUUGAAUGCUCUAAUCAUCUUUUGCGGAAUUAUUGCAUAAGAUUAAAAGAAAUAAGUGGACGAAAAUUUAGUUCGCGCGGUACGUUCGUUCCUGUUCAACUAAGGAAGUUAUUAGAAAACAAUAUCCGUAGGCUUCGAACGGCUGCUCUAUCUGCUGCUAAAUAUAGGGCACUCCAUAAAAAUGUAAGGCUCUUAUCGCAAGACCUUGCGAAUAGUGUACAUCAUGUAUUUGGUGAUCAUUCCAAUUGCGGAACAUACUUUUGUAAACGCCAACAAUUAGGCGAACGUAAUUGGAUAGAAGAAUUAAAAAAUUGUGGGUUAUAUGAUGACAUCAAUUCAUUCGUGAACCGUCUAAUUUUUAAUGCACACAGUUUAUUAACAAAUAUGUCGACAAAUGUGGCGGAAUGCUAUAAUUCCGUUAUCGCAAAAUAUGUGGCAGGUAAACGAAUUAAUUAUUGUAGAAGAUUUGGUUACAAUUUGAGGUGUAAUGUAGCAGCUAUCUCAUACAACACCAAAGGAGAAGCAAUUAGAAGUAUCCAUAAAAAAUUAUCUGGAAAUAAUUUAGGAGUAUACACUCAAAGAUACUCCGAAUUAAAUUCAGGGCGUGUUUCUAAACGUAAAAUUUUGCGAAAGAGACGUAAAGUAGCAGUGCAAGCAGCUGAUGAAAAUUAUGGUUUAGAUGAAUUGAUACCAGAUAUGUCGCCCGCUAAAUACGCCGCUAAAAAAGAAGCGUUUUUAAGAAAUAUUUACAAACCGGAAGACGAGUUAGCGGAAAUAGAAAUUAGGACAGCGGGACAGGCCAAUAGUCAGCUUUGGUACGAGGAAAGAAGUAAGCGGCUCACAGCUUCCAACUUCGGAAGAAUUUGUAAGAAGAGGGAGAGUACUAAUCCAUCAAAUAUUGUCAAAUAUUUAAUUUACCAAUCCUUUCAUCCGACAAUAGCAAUGCAAUAUGGCAUUGAAAAAGAACCCAUUGCUAGGCAACAGCUUGAAAACGAACUACAAGUAAAUGUUUUGCCGUGUGGUUUGUUUAUUCAUAAGACGGACUGUUAUUUAGCUGCAUCACCAGAUGGGCUAAUAGGGGAGGAUUUCUUGUGUGAAAUCAAAUGUCCCUUUUCAGCAAGGAAAUUAACGCCAAGAGCGGCAAUAGAAGAAGGGAUAAUAAAGUUUUGUAAAUUUAUAAAUAAUAAAAUGGUUUUAAAUAGAGGUCACGAUUACUACUUCCAAAUUCAAGGACAAUUGCAUAUAACAGGUCGCAAUUCGUGUUAUUUUGUUGUAUGGACACCGCAUGGUAUCGAGAUAGAAAUGAUUUCUAAAGAUCCUAAUUUCUGGAAGGACAAAAUGAAAGAAAAAUUGAAAAAAUUUUAUUUUGACAACAUGUUGCCUGAAUUGGUGGAUCCACGGCACACUAGGAGUUUAACUAUUAGAAAUAAAACACCCUAGAUGUAAAAAUAAAAGUAAAGAUACAACCGUUUCUUGAUCUUGCUCUAUUAAAAUUUUUGUUCCUAUAACCUCGCAUUGAAAGAGUAAGGACCUUUCUGGUAUUUCUUACUCCCAAUUAUCUAUUAAUAAAUUAAUUGUGUCUAUUAUUUUGUACAAUUAUGUACAUUUUACAACUGUGUACAAUUUAUCGGCAAAUUUGUUAUCAAUAUUUGUUACAAUAUUUAUUACUAAUCACUAUUUUUCUUUACAGUGCAAUACCGCGUUUUGCAUAAAAGUUUUUAUUUGUGUUCAUCUGCAUAAUCCACAAAAUCCUUAUUCUAUUAGAUAUUUACUGAUGAAGACGCUACUUACUAUUACCGUCUUUUUCUAUAUUCUCCAUAAAAAACGGGUGAUAUAAACACAUUCAAUUCAAAGGGACUGCGUGGGCAAAAGAUAAAUAAAGGGGCGGGGCAUAUGGAGAAAUAAGUCCCGUCUUCUUGCUUCCGAACGUCCGUCUCCUGGGCCCCUCAGAAACUCUGUGACCGUGAGA